AUGUCUGUUCGACCGCGAGACUCGCGGCGUCUUUCAAUUCCACGAAAGCCUGUGCCACAUUGCCGAUACGAUGGACCCGGGACUAGGAUAGUCAAGACACCUGUACGGCAAACUUCGGCGUCACCUCAGCUUCAUUCAAACGACGUCGACGCUCUCAGUGCCCAGCGAUCUGGCACUGCGCCUCAACACAUUCCCUCGAGCGACCUCCCCAGUCUUGGUGGGAGGCACCAACGACCAGCCCAGGAUUGUGCAGGAGGCGUGGAAAGUGAAGCAGAUGGUUUGGUCUCCGACUCGACGAUCAGCGCAAAACGCACCGGUGUCUACAAAGCCCAGCUCAAAUGGAUGCCCUAUACUCUUCAAUGGCCCUAUCUACACUCGUUGAUCCUUCUCUCGCUUGGGCUUGCAGCAGUGGUGGGCAUCCUCACUGGGUAUUCGAUGGCCAAUAACGGACUCGCUAGAAAUUCGAAUUCGAUCGCAUUACUAUUCGGCUGGAGAUUCUCACCCACACUGCUGGCAGUAGCUUAUGUGCUCCUUGAAACAAUGCUACUGGUCGACGUCCGAAGAACAGAGGUGUUUGCAAGGCUGGUCCGCAACAGCACCUCCUCGGCCCGGGAUAGCAUUCUUCAUGGCGUGGAUUCCUGGUGGAAUGAUCCUAGCGAAGCUCUGAGGAAGCAGAAGGAUGGAGGAUGGAGAAGUUGGGGACUGUUCUGGGCAUCCCUUGCCAACAUCAUCGGAACUCUGGUUAUAUCACCGCUUUCUGCAGGCUUGCUAUCAAUCGAAGACAUGCAAAUUGCAACCCCCACCGAAUUCAAUCGCGUCGCGGCCUUUCAUGAGACGCCCUUGGUUGCCACUGCUGACGAUGCGACAUAUGUGCGGUCCAUUGCUAGCUCCACGCUCGGACUUACGACGUCGGCAUGGCUAAGCGACGAGUAUGCUGUUCUUCCUUUCUGGCCUGCUUCUAUGGCACGAAUUCCUCUCGGGUCCUCGCUCGCUACCUCACCUCAAACCUGGGUAGGCACCACGACCGUCUUUCAAGUCACUAUGGACUGUCAAUUGAUGUGGUUGAGCCAGGUAGGGUACCAACCGGCGAAGGAACUAUACCCUGCGUCAUACACACCACAACCGCCGACUGAUGUUCCAGCGUACAUAUCUCUCCAAUUGACGUCUGCAGAUGGGUGUAUCUACGAAUUUGCAAUAUGGAACGACUCUAUCUCUGAUCUGUUUCUAGUCGGAGGAGGGUGGUGGUCGGAUACAACUAGCCAGAGCUACGGUCAAAUGGGAGCAGACAGCAAUCAAUCUCCAAAUAUUGUUGUCGCCAACAGCACAGAAUGCGACCACCGUGAUGUGUUUUUUGUCACGACGCCGUUUCGUAACAACUCGACCCGUGCAGCCGGGCAGCUUUGUUCCUCCGAAUAUUAUGAAGGCGAUUUGGAAACCACAGUGACUACAUCAACCUCGCAAUCUUCCGUGUCUUUUGACAAGAAGCUUUACGAAGACCUGAGGCGUCCAAUGGGAACCUCUUUCGACAAAACCUCUUUCGAAGCACUGUUUCACGGAACAGAGUGGGCAACCAAGUUUCAGCCUCCGACGCCUCCGAUGGGGAACAACACCGGGGGCCCAUCCAUAGGUGGUCCGUUGCUCACGAUUGCUGCGCUCCAUAAUUUCGACAUAGAGUCUCUGAUGAACAAUGCUAGUGUUGUGCAACAGGCGAAAGCUACCAAACAACGCUUCUUCGGAGAAGCAUUACAAAACAAGUUUGAGUCAAUCGGCGCUCAGAAGAGCACGGCCAGCUUUUCCGGCCAGGUAAUUUUUCUCGAGUCAAGGGUUGCAGUCAAUUUUGCUGUUGGUAUAAGUUUAGGUGUCCUAUUUCUCCUCUCAGCUGCGAUGUUCACGCUAGUCUUGUGGUAUUCAAGACUGGAGAGACGACCACUUGGUCUUUCGAGGGAUCCUGCGUCAGCUGCAGCCAUUGCAGCUCUUAUCGUGGGCCAUGACAGCCGUUUUGAGUUUCAUGGCACAGAUAGGGUUUCCAAUACAGAAUUGAACCGGCUCUUGGGGAGCAAGUCAUGGAGACUACGGGCGGAAGAACUUUCGACAACGAGCAGCACUACGACAUUUGACAAACAGAAGAAGGCUUCUAGGUCCCAAACGAGGUCUGACUGGCGUCCUGCCGUUCUGCGCGGGUGGAGUGGUGCAAUGGCCUUAUUAUUCAUGACCACAUUGAUAAUAGCAAUCUCCGUCCUGUACGCUAUGUCAAAGGCAUCAGCUCUUCACGAAACAUUCUUUGUCUACCAGAAGACCUACUCGAUUGGAAAAGGAAUCAAGGCAAACAUUGCACCUUACUCGAUAAUACCUACGCUUUUAGCCAUCGUUCUGAAACUUUGGUGGGGUGGUUUGGAAGGCACCUUCAAAAGAUUGCAGCCGUAUGUGCAGAUGGCAAGACAACCAACCAAGGCUGCCCAGGGAGUCACCCUUUCUUACGCAGAUUCCGUACUUUUGUGGGCGUCGUGGAAAGCCGCGAAGAACAAGCAUUGGCUGCUGGGAUCAAUUACGACUGGAGCUUUCCUUAUUGAAGUCUUCACAGUUACUAUGUCUGCUAUCUGGAGCCGACAAGCUGGGGUGUUAGCACUCAACAGGACUAUCCCGCGGCAAUUGGAACUUCGCUCGUUGCCGUCGAUAUUUACUGCAGAGCCAAACACUGAUCUCACCGCAGCCGAGCACCUAGGUGAUGUCGUCCUGAGAAGUAUUCUCAUCCAAAUAUAUGGCAGUGUACUUAACAGCUGGCUCUAUGCAGGCCUUGUUGAUUUGGCGUACAACGGCUCUCGACCUGCCUGGACUACUGAGGACCAUUGGUCAUUUGCUCCUGUGGACACCACCCAACUCUCCAUCCCGACGAUACAAAAUGUUGGCUCGAAUUUUAGUACUCUCACGAGCUCCCAGUCAAGCCCGAGCGCGAAUAUUACAUUGGACACACCUAGUAUGCGCGCAAGGAUUGAAUGCACAGAGCUUGACCUCUCAAAUACCUCUGCCUGGAUUACAACCCUCAAUUUCACAGACUCUGUCAAUUGGGACACAUCCACCCUGAUUCCUGGUCUCUCCGUCGGAUAUUCACUUAGUGCCUCGCAGGAUGCAUAUUUCCCCAUCGAUUUGGGCCCAUACCAUGAGGUCUGGAGUGGGAACUUGACCACUUUCUUUGCCGAUGACUAUACACUAGUCUGUUGCGCGAACAUGACAAAUGGCGAACCAGGUCAGGCAGCGAUAGGCUAUUGGUCCGUGAACACUGAUCGAAAAGGCUACACAGCUGGUAACUUUACUGUCAAGUGGAUCGUGGGCAAACCCUACGGUCAGUUGGCCAUGCCACAAUUAACGUCGUCCUACUCCCAGCAGUUCGGAUUCUUUGUUUGGAAAAAGAUUCCAAAGAUGACAGCACUCAAUUGUAUGCCGAUCUUCGAGACCGCAAGCGCUGUCGUUACUGUCGACGUUGCCAGCGCUACCGUACAACAGUAUCAUCUGACGACGAGACCAUUGAAUGACAGCACUGCCUGGAGUGAUCCUUGGCUCGUUCACGGAAAUCAAACCUUGAUAGAGUUGGGGUCUGACGAAAGUCAUGUACCGACAGUGAAUGUAACAGUUUCCUACGGUUGGCUGUUCCUAGAAUCUCUUCUCUCAGCCGCAGACACUGCUGGGCUCGCCGACAGUAAUUCGUUUGAAGGAGUAGUGUCCUACCAAAAUCCAUUCGACAAGACAUUCAAUUUUCGGCAGACAGGACUGAAUACAGAUUUCAUGUCGUACGCCUCACUAGCGCUUCAAAACAACGACAUCGAAGCCCUCCUAGACCCCGACGUCCUAUACUCGACAUCAAACAAAGUGUUUGCAACCUUUUUCCAGCACUUCGUGUCCAACAAUAUCUCAAUGGAGCAGGGCAGCUACGGAUUCCAGGCCGUCGGCGCGACACUUCCGUGGGACCUCCCUCUGAUUUUCAACGAGGACUCGACAUCCACGACUGUCUACCAAGACCAAAACGCCACGUCACAUUUCAGUAACAGCGUUAACGCGACCAUCCACGUCGAUAUUCAGCAAUUGCACAUGCCACCUGUGGCGGUUUGCCAAUCCCUGAGUAUCCUCGCCAUUCUUCUCGCCAUAACGUGCUGGAUCUACACGCGGCACCGGCAGUACUUCAAGGCGCUCCCUCGCGACGUGGACAGCAUCGCCAGCGUUCUCGGCUUCGUGUAUGCGAGCCCUAAGUUGCUGAAGUGGGUGGAUGAGCACAAGCACUUGGAGGACUGGGGACUUGGGAAGGGGGACGAGCCCGAGGUCAUGGCGAGGAUGGGUUGGUUUGAUGGAAAUCACUGGGGCAUAGAACUCCUGGAUGAGGGCGAGGGCAAAGGGUUUGAUGCAAAUGCUGGGGGCGGACGUGCAAGCCAGAGCAAUAGCACCGUGAGUGAUGAAGGGGAAGCGCUAGCUACUGCUGGAGGUGGUUGA